CUGGGGAAGGGGUGUGGAAUCAAGCCCGCCAAUGCAAAAGUAAACCCUAGAAAUUUGAAUUGAUUUAGCAGGACAGGGUGUCGAUGAUAUCCGAUUCCGAUUCGCUUUUAUUUUUAAUUUUAAAUUAAGAUCUAAUAAUUGAAUAAUAAGAUGAAUAAUGGAGGAGAUGUUCACAAGGUAUGGGAGAUCAGAACCUUAAAGAAGAAGGUUGGAGCAGACGAGGCUCGCAAGUUCCUUGAAAGAAUCGCCAAACAGGUUCAACCCAUCAUGCGGAAACAUAAUUGGAGAGUCAAAGUUCUUUCUGAAAUGUGUCCUAAAAACCCGCGGCUUUUGGGGCUGAACGUGGGACAUGGUAUUCAUGUAAAGCUCAGACUUCGAAGACCGAAUACAGAUUGGGACUUUUACCCGUUUGAUCAAGUUCUUGAUACGAUGCUUCAUGAACUGUGUCAUAACUCUAUUGGUCCCCAUAAUGUCGCUUUCUAUAAACUCUGGGAUGAUCUUAGGAAGGAAUGUGAGGAGUUUAUGAGUAAAGGAAUUACUGGGUCUGGUGACGGGUUUGAUCUUCCCGGUAGACGUUUAGGUGGCUUCACUCGACAACCACCCCUUUCGUCUCUCCGCCAGACUGCACUUGUUGCCGCUCAAAAUAGAGCCCGUUUGGGAUCUCUUUUACCAGCUGGCCCUAAACGCCUUGGUGGCGAUAAAUCUAUUAUGUCUUCCCUGACUCCCGGACAAGCAGCUGCGAUGGCUGCAGAAAGGAGAUUACAGGACGACAUAUGGUGUGGCAUACAGCAACUAGUCGAAGAGGAAGAAGAAACUGUGCCACAAAGCUCGGCUUCCUCUAGUGUUCUAGGUUCCAAAAGAAGUCACCAAUCAAAUGAUAGUCAUUCAGAACUAAAUUUUGUUGACUUGACGGAUGUUCCCUCGGUAUCCAAUGCAGAAGCUACAAACAACAUUUCCGUAAAUAAAAGAAGUCGGCAAACAGAAUGUUGUAUUGAUUUAACAACUGAAGACUUUGCUAGCGGAUCUACUAGCAAUGAAAAAACAGGACGUGACACAAAGUCUUCCGGGUGGGAGUGCAUGACAUGCACAUUGUUGAAUCCGCCAUUGGCUCCAAUAUGCGAGCUUUGUGGAACCCUCAAGCCAAAAGCAGAGGAGAAGUACAAGUCAUGGUCAUGCAAAUUUUGUACAAUGGUAAACACUGUGAAGAUGGAGAAAUGUGGAGCAUGUGAGCAGUGGAGAUAUUCUCAUGGCCAGCCCAUAGCAACCCCAUCACCAAAUGUUGGUACUUAACUACUGGUUUGGACUCGUCUUUGACAUUGGAUAUACGGGGUCAGGCAUUUUUGAUAACAUUGGAAUCUCGGUAUUUGAGGUAAACUUACUCAUAGCGCUCAUUGUUGGUCAAUCUAAUGGUUGAUGAUGUGAUUGUUCUCAGUUCAGUUGGCCUCUUGAUCAUUAAAGUAUACCACUAGUGCAGUUGUGAUGUUAAAACCGUGGAAUACCGAAUACUUCUCUGGUCAUUUUGCCAUUGUUUUUAUUUACAUACAUAGUUCCUUUCCAGUCAAAAAGACGGUAAUUGAUUAGCAUACAUUGGUUAUGAGUUAUGAUGAAAAGAAGUAAUCAACGGUUACUCGCAAAUGGAAAUUUAAAGUAGACAGAAACACCAAA